AUGGAGGAAUUCAAUUCGUCUAUGUUCACGUGUGGACUUUCUCCAGUGGAUUUCGUUGGUUGCCCAUUUACCUGGACGAACUGCACGGUGUGGCAGCGGUUGGACAGGGCUCUCAUUAACUCCCGGUGGGCGGCGGCAUACUCGGUCACGAAGGUCUCUCACUUCCCCCGCGGCCGGUCCGAUCACGCGCCACUCUUGAUCAAGGCAGGGUCGGGAUUGACAGUCCCACCUUCAUUCAGGUUUUUCAACGUGUGGCAUCGCCACCCCGCUUUUUUGGAGAUGGUGUCCACGGUCUGGCAUCAAACGGGCUCAGGAGUCGGGAUGAAUCUAUUUUUUUCUAUGUUGGCUUCUCUUCGAGCUCAUCUAAGAAAGUGGAGCAAGGAGGAAUUUGGCAAUAUAUUUGCUCGGGUAAAAUCAGCAGAGGAGACAUACAAGCAAAGGGAGGCGGAGUUUGAUUCAAAUGGAGGGGAACCGUUGAAGCUUCGUCUCUAUGAAGCUAGGGCGGUGUAUCUACGGGAGCUAUGGUGGAGUGCGAGUUCUGGCGACAAAAGGCGGUGCUGCGGUGGAUCAAGGAGGGCGACGCGAACACCUCCUUUUUUCGCUCAGUGGUUAAACAGAGAAGGAACUCCAAUUACAUUUCUCGAGUCAAAGAUGAAGUCUAGUGGGUAUGCCCAUUCUCCCGAACUGCCCUCAGAAUUACCUAGAGUAAAUGCGGAGGAGGAUGAGAUGUUGCGGCGUUUACCGGAGUUGGAGGAGAUUCGAGCAGUAGUUUUCUCCAUGGAUGCAAAUAGCGCUCCGGGGCCGAAUGGAUUUGGGGCGGGGUUUUAUCAGCAGUGCUGGGAGGUUAUCAAAGGUGACUUAUUGGUGGUUGUGCAGGACUUCUUUAGGGGAAUUGAGCAACCCAGAGGCUUCUCAAGUGCGUUACUAGUGCUGAUCCCCAAGAUAGGAUUUGUCCCCGGAAGGGGUAUUGUGGACAAUAUUCUGUUGGCUCACGAUUUGAUGUUGGAGCUGGACUGGAAACUCGCUCACCCGAAUUUGGUUCUCAAGCUCGAUAUGGAGAAGGCAUAUGACAGAGUGGAAUGGCCGUUCCUCCUCUUCAUGCUGCGGAGUUAUGGAUUCUCAGAAGUCUCGGUUGACCUCCUCUUCAGGACCCUCUCCAACUCAUGGUUCUCGGUGCUGAUCAAUGGCCAACCCACAGGCUUCUUUAAGUCUAGUAGGGGGGUGCGCCAGGGGGACCCGUUGUCACCUGCGCUCUUUUUGCUCGUGGCUGAGUUUCUGGGGCGGGGUCUCCAGUAG